GGGAUACACGCGAGUCCGCGGUGUGAAGCGAAGCCGAGAGGAGUGACAGUCCUGCUGAUAGAGCGGCGGGCACAAAGUACGUCUCAGUCGACGCUGAGCCAGUGCCUCAGCAAGUUCGCUCGAGGCAGUAGAGAGUCCUGAGAGAGUUCAGCCUCCGCGCGAUCACCGAUCGCUUUUCUUCCUCUUCUCGAAUUCGGUCCCCCUGCGGUACGAGGAUGCGGUCCUACGAUGGCUACCGGGCACUCGUCGUGCUCGCAACCCUACUUGCCCACAUGCCCGGCACGUUCCCUGUACGCGUCGCAGGCAGUCAGGCAGCCAGUAGGAGAAUCGAUCAAUCGACAGCGGCGGAUCAAUCAGCGUCGUCCUCCUUCUGGAGUCCCAACAUCAAAACCUCUUCUGACCUUUUCUCCCAGGAUAAUAGCGCGGCUUUCUUCCCCACGGCUCACGGACUGGUGCAAACUCACCCCUCUAGUGGUGGUGUGUUCCGCAGUGGCUUUGGCGGAGUCGACAAUCUCGGCACUCGGGGGGCGACGAUGAGGCCACCGAGGACGCGGCCUCUCGAUUAUAAUGAGCGCGCGACCGCCGAAUUGCGCCGAAAUCCAUCGCUCUCGUCGCCCGACGAGUGUGCUCGCGCUUGCCGCGAGAACGAGCCACCCAGGAUAUGCUACUACCACUUCACACUCGAAUAUUAUACUGUACUUGGCGCAGCGUGUCAAGUAUGCACACCGAACGCAACCAAUUCCAUAUGGAGCGACUGCCAAUGUGUUCUGGCGGACGGAGUUGAACGAGGUAUCCUGACUGCGAACAGGAUGAUUCCUGGACCGAGUAUACAGGUGUGCCAGGGCGACAAAGUCGUUAUUGACGUGGAAAAUCAUAUUGAGGGAAUGGAAGCCACGAUACAUUGGCACGGUGUAUGGCAAAGAGGGUCUCCAUACUACGACGGUGUACCCUAUGUGACGCAGUGCCCCAUUCAAGAGGGUAACACGUUUAGAUAUCAAUGGACAGCCGGCAAUGAGGGUACGCAUUUCUGGCAUGCACACACUGGUAUGCAAAAGAUAGACGGUCUAUACGGAAGUAUAGUGAUCCGACAGCCGCCGAGCAAGGACCCUAAUAGCAAUAUGUACGAUUAUGAUUUAACCACACACGUGAUGCUUAUCAGCGAUUGGUUCCACGAGAGCGCUGUCGAACGUUUUCCGGGUCGUCUUGCAGUCAACGUCGGUCAAGCACCUGAAAGCGUGCUGAUCAACGGGAAAGGUCAAUUUAGGGAUCCUAAUACCGGUUUCAUGACAAACACGCCCCUCGAGGUGUUCACGAUUACUCCAGGCCGUCGUUACCGAUUCCGACUGAUCAAUUCGUACGGAUCGGUAUGCCCCUCUCAAAUCACGGUCGAGGGUCACACUCUCACGAUUAUCGCUACCGAUGGUGAAGCAGUGCACCCAGUGCAAGUGAACACCAUAAUCUCGUUCUCAGGUGAACGUUACGAUUUCGUCAUAAAUGCCGACCAGCCCGUUGGCGCUUAUUGGAUCCAAGUUCGUUCGCUGGGAGAAUGUGGAAUUCCGCGAUCUCAACAGCUGGCCAUCCUACGAUACGCUCGUGGUCCUUAUCAGCCAAGUACUGCACCACCUACGUACGAUUAUGGUCUUCCACAAGGCGUCGUCCUGAAUCCUCUGGAUGCCAUCUGCAACCGACCGCGCGAGGAUGCGGUUUGCGUGAGCCAGCUGAAGAAUGCCCGCCACAUCGAUCAGGGUAUCCUGCAGCAACGCCCCGACGUGAAGAUCUUCCUGCCGUUCCGCUUCCUGUUCUACAGACCAGAAGAGGUCUUCCAGCCGCAGACCUACAAUCGCUUCCUCGUUGCACCGACCGGCGACCAUGUGAUUUCCCUCGUGGACGAGAUCUCGUUCACGUUCCCUCCGGCGCCUCCACUUUCGCAGAUCGACGACGUUCCGCCCGAACAAUUCUGCAACGGUGAUAAUAGACCGGCUGACUGCGGCGCCAACUGCAUGUGCACGCAUCAAGUCGACAUCCCGUACAACGCGGUCGUCGAGGUGGUUCUCGUAGACGAAGUACAACAGCCAAAUCUAUCGCAUCCAUUCCACUUGCACGGAUAUGCAUUCAACGUGGUCGGUAUCGGUCGUUCUCCUGAUAGAAACGUGAAGAAGAUCAAUUUGAAGCACGCCCUCGACCUCGAUAAACGAGGUCUCCUGCACAGACAGUUCGACCUGCCGCCCGCUAAGGACACCAUCGCUGUUCCCAAUAACGGUUACGUCAUCUUCCGUUUCCGCGCUGACAAUCCGGGAUACUGGCUGUUCCACUGCCACUUCCUGUUCCACAUAUUGAUCGGCAUGAACUUGAUCCUGCACGUGGGGACACAUGGGGACCUGCCACCGAUACCACCCAACUUCCCGACCUGCGGUGACCAUUUGCCGCCCAUCACGCCACCGCUGGACACGUUCCAUUGAUGCGCGACCGCGAGCGACGAGCUCGGCGAAGAGAGGAACGAAGAAACUGAGAGUCGCUCCAAAGUCCAUACGAGCACUUGUAGCAUAUUUCCUGUAAAGUAGCGCGCGCGUGAGCCUGUAAUAUUUCCCUUUUUUCAAACUUUAAUGCAACGCCUCGUCGGCCCGUUCUCGAGAGCGUGCUCGGCUCGAGACGUGCUCGUGGCGAUCGAUCGGCCGAGGAGAACCCGACGGAUGUGUCGACCCGUUGCCUCACGCGACCUGCCGAGAGCAAGACAGAAGGGAAGAGGAAGAGAGCGAGGGGAUGCAAGUCCGAGAUGUCGAUGGAGUAUUCGCGAGGCAACGGGUUAGCAAAAGCGGCGAUCGACGUCCAGCUGGGUGUCGGCGAAACGACGUACGUUCCCAGAGGCGACGAUGACUUUACGUUGGCGGCAGUCGAUAAUUUAUUGUGUUCCAGAUGCUUCACCCGUCACCGUCAUCCGUGCUGCGCGUCAUCCCUCGUUAUCCUCACUCCGUGAGACCUGUCCGUUCAUGCCUCGCGGUCGUAUGCCUCGUCGCCACGGCGCGAUUUCAGUCUCGUUGUCAAACGUAUCACAUGAAACAUUUGUAAAUGUCGCAAAAAUCAUCAUCCGAGAAUACUCGUUGGUCGUUUGAUGCAGUCAUCCACGCUGUCAUCCGCGAUGACGCGAGUUCCGAUGUGACGAGUGAAGCAUCUUAAGUGGAAACGUACAAAUGUUACUGACUAACGUUUGUAACGCUCUGUAAAUAAUGUAGAAAUAGUCACUACACUUAACGAGACAUUAACGUGGGAGUAGUGGGGUACGUAUUGUAAGAGAGGAACCGCCGGAGAGUUUUUCCACCCCGUGACCACGGCCGCCGAGCGGUGGAUUAUCGCUAAGGAUAACGCCCUUUCAGCAGGCUGGAUCUGCGCGAUCGUGGAAUCCGCUACACGAGCUACACGAUGUUACUUGAUGUUUAGAGAUUCCGUCUUUAUUUCGUCUUCUAUUUAGCUGAUCCAAGAAACGACAGAUACACCUGCAAUGAUGAAAAUACUUUUUCUCGCGAAUACAAGAAGUGCGAUAUUUAUUUAAAUUAGUGGAGCUGACUUUUUCAUUAAUCGCAUCUUACAUCAUUAUAAUAAUUAACGUAUAUAACACGUGCGAAACAUAUAAUCUAAUCAUAUCGAUAAACAUCUAAUUUUCCGAUUUUUACUUCCGAUCAUUACUUCUACUUUUUUCAGCCAAUAUUAUUUUUUAAUGAUUUUUGCAACUUCAUUCGACGCUUCAUUCUCGUUCAUCUUUUCACGGCCAGGGAGAAUAUAACAGCUCACGUUAACAUAAACAGCCGGUACAUGCGAGUUUUCCACGGCAAAAAUCCAGGCUUCUGAGACAGCCUCUUAGUUAGGGAGCGAACUUGCGCUUGUGCUGCGAAUAGCUCGCGCGUGUUGUUUUAUUCCGUCAGCCGAGAAUUACACUGAAAAUAUCGGGAUCAAAUUGACGCGAUUAAUAAAACUUUACAGGAUCGUUACAUAUACUGUUAAGCAUGAUUAUCUUCUCGCGCGACGUCACUAGCGUACAUUAAUGUAUCGACACGUUAUUUAUUUUUGUUCCGCUAUUAAUUUUUGUUAAUCUCUGUUCAAAAUUCGAUCCUUUAUUGAAAUCCCAUCAAAGGCACUCAAAAAUGCACAGGCUGACACGCUAUCGUUAAAUAUAUCGCGCUGUGCACACACGGCGCGAUAAUAGUUGUAUGUUUAUUCAUGGUGCCUCCAUUUUUUAUGGAAAAUACUCUACGCGACUCACAAUUAACGCUUACGUUACUCGGUCAUAUACAUACACAUACAUACACCAACACAUUAAAUUACUACAAGUACAGACAUAUUACAUAUAGGUGGUAACCGUACACGUCGCGCGCGCGCGCGCGUCGUACCUAAUUUUUGUAGAUAAACUUCCGUUUCGUUUCGCUCGUCGGAUCAUCAGAACACGAAACACUCAAUAGCGUAAUCGUGAAGUAAUUCGCUAACGAAACAUAAUUCGAUGGCUUAGUGCAAAAGGAAUGUAGCGCAAAAUACUGAGUUUUUUAGUUGGUAUUACAUAGGGGAGGGAAAAGCGCAUUUGUGUAUUGCUAAUAUUAAAACCUUAUCUCUAUAAGAAGAGUAAAAGAAAAUUAUAAAAAUAUAAAUAUAAUACGUAGCUCUUGUAUAAACGUAACAAUAUUUUUCAUAAGACAUUAAUUAAAUAAGUGAAUGCGAGAAAAUACGCGCAGAGCACUCUCAGUAUUUUACUUGCAAUGACGAAAAAUACCAGCUGAAAAAUUACUCUUUUCUCGGAUAGCAACUACUUUGCAUUGAGCCCCCGAGUUACGCGAAGCGUCCGUUGUUAAUUGCGGCUUUCCUGAAUCGGCCAGUUCGUUUGUCAAACGCCUCGAUUGUUCUCCAUCAAAAGUGAUGCACGACGACAGCCGGUCUCGAAUACCGCAAUGGUACAAUCGAGCAGACACGGAUAACGGCUUUGUGGGAUAGCAAAUAUACGCUGUUUUUAUAAAAUAUUCUUUUUAAUACUAGUAGGGAUAGUUUGCAAGGAUAAAGGAGAACGUACCUGCCGUUUAAUUAAUUGUAGCACGAGCAUGCAUCGACUCUUUAUAUCGAUAGUCCAUUUUUGCUCGCGAUCGCGUCUUCAAAGCAUCAGCCUUCAUAUCAUAGUAAUCGGAUUUUCGGUAGACGGUAGACAAACAGCUUGCUCAUGUGAUACAUAUGUGAUACCAUCGUGUCUGUCUUGCUAUUUAAACGUCCGUCUCUUGGGCUGUGUGCGUGCGCUUGAGACACUUUUCUUGCAAAAGUAAAGCUUUUCGUAAAGCUUCUCUACGCGUGUGCAGCAAUCUUCAAUUACUGUUUAUCGAAAAUCCUUCCUUGUCAGAAGUAGCCCCUUCUAAAAUAGAAUGCUGAAGUGAAUAUUCGUAUGAAAUGUUCGCUUUCGCGCAAAUUAACAUCCGGUUUAGUUACCUGAUUCGAGAAUCUUUGAUAAUUAUUAUUAAGAAGACGCAUUCGUUGGAAGGAAAAAUUUAUUCCACUGUUACUUUGAUCAAUUCUUCAAGCAGGUAUAUAUCGGUUAUUGUAAAUAUUGUAAUACUGAAGAUCUAGUAUUCCUAUAGCUAGUUAUAUCAGUUAUCUUCCCUCUCUCUCCCCUGUAAUUACUCAUACAACUAAACUCGUAUACGUAUCGGCAGUUACCAUUCGUAAGCAAUUGAGAGUUUUCGUGUUUUAUAUGAAUAGAAUACUGAAGCGAAUUACGCUCGUGCACGCGUGGGCGCAUGUAAGCCCGCAACUGCAACGGGCAGCUCGAUCAUGUAUUUUCUUCUAAGAAUGUAUUUUUAAUAAUAAAUCGUUUUUAAAAAGAUCAACUGUGUGCCUGUCAAUUUCUUACUUCUAUCUUACUAAUUAUUUACUUAAUCUUUUUACUAUGGUAGUGUCGACAAUUAUAGGAUAAUGUAGACUGCUUUACGCAUUUUAGCGAUUGGAAUCAUAUUCUUUUUACUUGCUCCACUUAAUUUUAAUUUAUUAUAUCAAAGAAAUAACUUUCCAAGUUUAAAAACAAGAUGGAGUUUGCAUAAAAUAAGAUCUAUUUAAGCUUAUAUUUAGUCCAUUAUAGAUACAAUUGCUCUUCCUUAGAAAGCGUUUUAGGAAGCUAUUUCUUAAUCUCUACGUGAAACCAAGUUUUCUUCACGUAAAAGUUGCUUAGUUUAGAUCUCUUAGUGGGAGUGAACGUAAUGAACAUAUUCCGUGAGAGGGACACGAUAAUUCCCGUACAGUAAUAAUCCAUCCACUUAAAAUAAGAGGGUAAGUUGGGAAGGCCACGAACAUAAUCAGAGACACGAAAAUAGAGAAAAUGUUCCUGAGGGGAAAAUGAGAAUGCCAAAAUCAGAUACCGUAUCCUGAUGCACCGAUAUUAUUAUUAUUAGCAUUAAUGACAGCCAAAUAAUAAUACGUGUACGCAGCGUGCGCGAGAGUGAAUCAUUGUUAUUGUCGUGAAAUAUCACCGUAAAAAUUAUAAUGUUGUGCAACGAUAAGCAUUACGGUCGUUGAUUAUUCCCCUGAGAAAACAAAUUGCAGGUGACUGGAUAGCGAACUGGUUAAUAGCGCGAUCUAUAAUUAUGGGCUGCUGACAUACACGAUAAUAAAACGCGAUCUAAUUUGAGAGUAUCAUAAAACGGAGAUAGUGUAGUAAGUACAGUAUGGAGAAAGAUGUGAAAGCUGCGGAAUUUAUUUCGGUCAUAAAAUGAAAAGUGUAACAACAAUAUUCUAAAAAUAAAAGAGGAAAUGUCAAUUGCAAUUAUCAAGCAUUAUGGUUUUGAUUUCAAUCAAAGAUUUAUUCAAGAAUCGAAUAUAUGAAGAUAUUUAUUAAAGAAGUAGAAGUAGUGUCCUACUUCUCUGCAACAUUUACAGAAGAAUAAUAUUCCACGGAACAAUGUAUUUGCAACGCGAAGCGUUUCGCGUAAUUCGGAACUGUCGGAGGUGCUUGCCGGCGGAAAUAAAAGGGACACAUGUGGUUUCGAUUAAUGGAUUUAUGUACAAAAAGCAUUUAACUAAUGUACCUUAAUUAGGAUCAAUGUAGUUCUGUAAAUGCUAGUGCCUAUGCUUAUGACUAUUAUAUUAUGAUACAUAUGCAGUCUAGCACGAGAAUCGUUUCACGAAUGAUAAAGGCUAAAUACCGAUAUAAAAAUACCGAUGUGUAGAUACAUAGUGUUUUAUCGUGCUUAUCCGUAGACAAUUUUAUUUUAUUAAUAUAGUUUAUCAAUAUAUUUUGGUCCGCACUGUUUUUUCUCCCGAAUUUUUCACAUUGCUUAUUGCCGUUAACGUGACUAACAAGUGCAAGAGUACAAGAUAGAAGUUAUCAGUGAAGAAACGGCGAAA